AUGGCGACCCAGUAUGAAGUUGAACACAACAUCAAGCCCUCCUCCUCGGGCCCCCGCCGCCGCAAAGUCGACAUGUCAACCUUCACCUCGCAUCUCUCCAACAUCAACCCCGAGUCCUCCACCUCCUCCAGUUCUUACCAACAUCACAACAACCCCCACGCAACCGCCAACCCCGUCGACCUCGCCGCCCUCUACCGCCUCGUGCAAGACCAAAUGGGCGUACUGGCCUCUUCCGCACCCACCCCCGAAAACCGCUCCUUCCUCGAGUCCUUAGUCGACACUCUCCAAGAAGACGUUCUCCACCCGCCCACGAAAAUCGAGGGCGUCUCGCAAGAGUUUCUGGACGGGCUUGACAGGGUAGACAGGAAGAAGCUGAAGGAGGACGAGCAAUGCCCGAUUUGCGCGGAGAGGUAUCUGGAUGAUCAGUAUUGUCUCGUGGUGGAGCUGCCGUGUCAUCAUAGCCAUCGGUUUGACCUUGAGUGUGUGGGGCCGUGGUUGAGGAGUAAGGGGACUUGUCCGAUGUGUAGGAAGGAGGUGGGGAAAAGGAGGGAGGUUGUUGUUGAGAAGAAAGAGGAGGAUGAGGAAGAAGAGGAUGAUAUGGAUGGGUUGUAUGCUUGA